AUGCUCUCUGCUGGAAACAGCGUAUCGGCCCCAGGCCGAGGAUCGUCGACCCCGUUUUUGAACGAAGAUGCAAGCUACAAAGUUGUCCUCCCGCGUGUACCAACCGGUAACGAUGUUUUGAAUUCUAUUUUCCUUCAUGCGGACUUGAGUGGCAGACCAUACCGUGCUCCCGACUUCCGAGACGCUCUGCUUGAGAUAGUGAAUACUUCAGAUAUUGUAGGUGUCGGACAGUAUCAAAUGAGCCAUGUAUGGAUGGUUACUUGCGCUAGUAGUGCGGCAAAACAGACUCUCGUCGCCUGUGGUGAGCUCCGCGUCAAAGGGCUGAAGUGUAUGGUGAUAGAUCCGGAGACUAAAAACAUCAAGCUUAAAUUACUAUGGCUUCCACCUCACCUUGAACCACGACGCGUUGAAGAGGCGUUCCAGGCCUAUGGUCAGGUGAAGUCGGUGGAGAGAGAAGUAUGGAGAUGCACUGGCAUGGAACAGUGGGUGACAACAAACCGGGAGGUUUCCUUGGUGCUCAAGGACACCAUCACCGUAACCUCAAUACCGCACAUUAUGUCCAUUUAUGGACACCAGUGCCUUGUACUUAUCCCCGGUAGGCCUCCGCUGUGCCUUCGUUGCAAGCGCGUGGGACACGUUCGACGACAAUGCAGAACACCGAGAUGCUUACAGUGCCGCCGAUUUGGUCACUCAGCGGACGCCUGCGUGUCCACCUACGCCAAUAAGCUUCGUUCUGGGCAAUAUAGCGCAGACGAGCCACAACUGGACCAUCUCAUGGAUUCUACAGAGGUAGUAGAUGCCACCGGAGAGACUACAGGUGGCAUUAAGGACGAGGACCAGGAGUCCUUGAAGCCAAUGCCAACCAGUCACAACAGCUCAAGUAAUACUAGCGAAGCUACCGGCCAGGAUGACUCACGUAGUCAGGAGAGUGCCACAAAGAAGUCCAAAGGGAGCAAGACCACAGAUAUACCUGUGGCCAAGGGCGAUGAAACACAAAAGCUUUAG